CCGUGACAUUUCCCCACACACUCUAUCCUUACCAGAAAGUUGUUGGAGGGGCUCUUCCAACGUAUCACGCAAUCGCCCAGCCAGCUUUCCUUCGAUAUCCGCAAAAUUUCCUGAGCCUCGAGGCAACAGUCAGCCUUGGCUCAAGAGUUCCUCCGAAACGUGGGGUUCGUGGACUCUCUAAAACGACUUUCGUGUGUGUUCGUGUCGAUUAGCCCGUGAGCACGAGACGAGCUUUCAAAAGCGUAUGAUAUUCCAGUAGGCACUGGUAUUUGAUUCAGCCAACCACCGCGGUUGCGCCAGCAGGCGGCGCAUCUAAACAGCUCACAACAUGUCCGGCGUUGAGGUUGUCGCUGCGGUCAGCGCCGUGGUCUCUGCAUUCCACGCUGGCUCUGAACUUCUCAAACACAUAAAAGCAAAGCGACGCAAGGCACGUGCCGCAGCCCAGCAGGAGUUUGAGGAGAAACAAUUGCAGGAUUCCCUUAUAUCUGGCGAGCAACAAAUAGGCUUUCGAUAUACACAAGAUAUGAGGGAGAUGGGCGACGUUGUGCGGGUUGGUGACACUAUCGCACGCGAUCGCCUCAUGCAUGUCGUUGUCAUGCUUCAGAUGGAGAUAAUCAAGAGUCUUCAAAUGGCUGCGCAACACGAGACGGCAAUACUGAACCUCCGCUUACUGCACGAAGCAUCGAUAACGAACCGCAAAGAUACCUUUGUGAUAUUGGAUGAGAUGAAACAAAGGAUUAUCAUGACACGACCCGUACCACGUCAAACCGAGAGAGGACAUGAGCAACGGUCUUCGGUCGCGACUCUACCAUCGUCAUGGCCAAGCAGCUUCAAGCCUGUAGACACUGUUCCGGAUGGCUACAUUCCCUCGGCUGUUACCCUUGCUUCACAAACGGAGACGAAGGAAUCCAGGUCUGGUCUGGCCCGCUACUUCCAAAUGAAACGCAGUAGCAGCGCAUCAACAAAGUCUGUAUCGACCAACGCGAGCCCACCGGCGGAACCGCCAAAUAUCAAUUACAGCGCUGCUUUCGAACAGCUUGUCAAGGCGAGGGGAGAGGACCAUGCCACGAUCACGAGAGACAUUGAUGAGAUUAUGGAUUCCUAUAAGGGCCUUGACGUUAGCAAUAGAGCUCCGAACGAACCGUGGAGCUAUAAUCAGCAUCCUAAACCAUUUGGAGAGCGGCGGGGUACGCUCGAUAUGCUCAACGGUGAUGGAUCCCCAGGACAGGACAUGUUCGGUCGAACCUGGGAUGAUAUGCCAGCAGCUAACCACACACUGUCGCCAUCACAAGCUUAUGCAGGCCAUCAUCCCACGUUCAACCAGGACAUGUUCAAUGGACACAAUCAGCACCCUCCGUAUGCAGCUGCAAACCCAUAUCCUCAGCACCAGACGCAGAUUGUACAUCGUUUCUCUAAUUCAUCGACCUCCAGUGCACCCUACUCGGAUAGAUCAUGGGAACAUAACGACUCAGAAUCGUCGCGCAGUUCGUAUGCUCAAAGCGACCCUCGAUAUUCAACUCAUUCACCACCCAUAGACAAGCCAGGAUUUUCGCCGUCGACGUCUCCGAAUGCAGCUUUCCAACAGUCUAUCGAUCAUUAUGGUCAGCCCACGUCGCUUCCUACAUCCUACGCACCAACAAAUGAUACCUAUACAUCUUCCAUCGCACCCCUUUUUGUGCCACAGAGGAGCCCAUUGCGAGCCUCUCCACAGAAUGGUGGACCAGCCAACGAGCCAAAAUUAUCUCACGAGGUGACGAGCUCACCUAAUCAGGAUUCUUCCAGCUUAAACUCACAGUCCGCCACAAGGGUGCCGAAUGUAAUUGCACCUUUUGCCUCACCUCCAGACUCUCCUGUACCCAAGGAAGAAGACAGAGCAGAGAUCAGCCCUACGCGACCAAAUUUGCGGUCCCCUGAGGUGCGCGGACCUCCCAGUUCGCAUAGUAGCUCAAGCGGGCACACUGUGACAUUCGGAGUACCCUCAAUACCAUGGCACGGAGCUGUUUCUGCGCCUACCAUCGAUCGCAUCCGACAGCCUUCCAUAGCAUCGACUGACAGUAGCGGCUCAGGCUCAGUCGGCGUUCUUCCACGCUCAGUCCGUAUCAUUCCCUCGUCCACCAUUCAGUCCCCAAAACCCGGACAAGAGCGCAUGAUGGGUGGUCGACCGUGCAAAGACAACAGUUAUUGGGGCUUCUGCAAAGGCGCAUGGGACGUUCGCGAAGACAUCAAGAAGGGACUUGCACUUCGCACUAUGCCUUCAGGCAUGUACAACACUAAAGAGGUCUGGGAGUGUAAAUCAUGCAACUUCCGUGGAAACACUUACAGCAUUGCCCAUCCCAGCAAAAAGGGCAAGAAAGAGACCAUCGUAGACCCAAACAUACACACUUCGAAAUCCGGUAUCCGGUAUCGCUGGAUCUUCUUAGCUAAGAGUCAUGUCAAGAAGAAGACACCUGACAGUGCAGGUGAUGAGUGCAACUAUGGCUGCGUCAUUUGCAGUGUUGAGUUGAAAGUCACUAGUAUCUUUGGCAACGUGGAUACGCUCAUGUACCAUUUGCUUGAGCAUGUCAGCGACAUGACGCAGAAGUCGAUGCUGCAGACGAGGUGUAUAGUUGGCAGAACAGCGGGAUCAAAUGAGGACUGGGAUAUCAACAUGCCGCUAUUUGCGGAUGUCAGUGAGGUCGAGGGAUGAGAAGGUGAUUUACUGGUGUUUGAACGACACGACAUGUUGUUACGAUCAUAGGCGGCGCAUGUGUGGAGCUUCCUUACAAGAUACCCCAAAUGUACAGUUCGAUCACGUCCACAAUCCACAGCAAACUCCGAUUAAUUACACGCCAAGGACGAUCAAUGUAGUGUGAGUCAGUUCUAGCGGCAUACCGUAUCCGGUUAGUA